AUUUAUAAUUUUAGAUUACUACAUGGAUGAUAGAUGUGGUGAAGUUAUUAAUAUGGAAGAGGAAAAUAUUGAAUCUGGAAACUUGGAUCUAACAAUCUUUCUAACGUAUGGGCCAGACAUGAACUGCCAGUUAACAAUUAAGGCUCCUGAUGACAGGCAAAUCAUGGUAUAUUUUACUGAAAUUGAUAUCAAACAGAGAAGUCAUAGAAUUGAGAAUACUUGUGAAGAUUAUCUGGAAUUAUUUGAUGGAUCAACUACAUAUAACAAAAGUGUUCCAGAUUCAGAUUUAAAGAUUUGUGGUAACUAUGAACCGAAAAGAGCUUAUUACACCAGUGGACAAUAUCUGACUCUCAGGUUCACCAGUGACUAUAGAAGACAAGAUUCAGGAUUUGAACUGUUGUUUACUUCAUUUCAUACAGGUUUUUGUAAUGGGACAAAAGAGUUCAGAUGUCGACAGGGUCAGUGUAUAUCUAAAUCCUUCCAAAAUGAUGGUUACAGUCAGUGUGGAGAUUACAGUGAUGAACUUAUAACCAAAACUAACAUGGAUUACUAUGCUGCCGGAUCAGUGGUACUAAUUAUAUGUAUAAUUCUAGCUACAUGUUAUAUCUGUAAAAGACGUAGACAAAGAGGAGCUGUCAUCAAGAGAUCGGGAAAUCCAUUAGAAAUACCACUAACUUCACAACCAGUUUCUCAGCCAAUUCAAGGACAGCAACCUGUAUAUCAACAACAAACUACAGGCUAUCCACAACAACCAACAGGCUAUUCACAUCAACCAGCUGGCUAUCCACAACAACAUCCAGGAUAUCAGCAACAACCAACAGGCUAUUCACAUCAACCAGCUGGCUAUCCACAACAACCAGGAUAUAACCCACAGGCUGGAUACCCACCACAACCUGUACAUACUGAUCAACCAGCUUAUGUACCACUGACGGAGAAGAUUCCACAACCAAGCUACCAACCACCACCAGGAUAUCCUUCUCAACCAAACUAUCAACCACAAAGUGGUUAUCCUCAGCCAGGAUAUCAUUUAGUGGAUCCUCCACCCUAUACAGAUAGUCCAUAUCCUUCAGCGCCACCAAAACAGUAAAGAUAAAAGGCAGAUUGCAUGCCUAAUUUUGUGGCUAGGGUAUUUGUUGGAUACUAAUUUUAGUGGAUUCCGUGGGUACAAGUGAACCUCGAAAUUAAAUGUUCAACAAAGAACAAAAUUUCCGUAGGCUUGUGAGGAGACUUUGGCAAAACCACAAAAUUUAAUAUCCAAGAACAUGUAAAUUUUCCUUAAUCCACAAAAAUAUUUGAAUCCACAGUAGUUUUGCUGUUUGACAUCUGUUUGACUUAUUAUUUGUGCUUUGAUUUAAUUGAAAUUCCUCUUAUCUAAAAAAUCUCAGUGAAGUUGUACAAUUUUGUGUGAAUUAGGGGGAAUGGAGCGUAAUGACACAAAAAAGCAAAAGAUAUUAGAAGUUAGAAUAAUAAUAUAAUCUUCAAUAAUAUACAAGACAAAAUUCCAUAAUCAGAACAGGCACAUGGACAAAAUAAAAUGUAAAGUGGGGUCAACCUUCUUUUCAAAUUACCUCUUUUAAAUUUACAGUUUAAGUUAUAUACAAGAACAUAUAAUGAAAUGCAGUUAGCUCUACUAUAACCUGCCUGAAAUUUUACAAAACUGUAUUAAUCAGAAUGUUUAUAGCAACUAAAGCAAGUUCAAAGUACUUGACUACUAUUGAUAUGCAAUGAUGACGUCCUGCAUUCUUAUGCCCCACCUACGAUGGUAGAGGGGCAUUAUGUUUUCUGGUCUGUGCCUCCGUUCGUCCGUCCGUCUGUCUGUGGGUCUGUUCGCUUCAGGUUAAAGUUUUUGGUCAAGGUAGUUUUUGAAGAAGUUGAAGUCUAAUCAACUUGAAACUUAGUACACAUGUUCCCUAUGAUAUGAUCUUUCUAAUUUUAAUUCCAAAUGAAAGUUUUGACUAAUUUCACGGUCCAUUGAACAUAGAAAAUGAUAGUGCGAGUGGGGCAUCCGUGUACUGGGCACACAUUCUUGUUUUCUACUGAUUUUUGGUGUAGAUGUAUGGAGAAUUAUGGAAUGACUUUCUGUUAAUAGAAUUAUGGUGCAGGGCAAUAAUCUAAGACUAAUGAAAGCUAUAAUUAGUUCAACUUUUGUCUUCUAUGCCUGUAAGACUAAAAAUACUAUUAUAAAUGAAUUCUGUAUUUAUCAUUAACAGUAUUUGAUUACCAUACUAUGUUCACAAAUAUGCAGUUGUGAUAUCAAUGCAUUGAAUAAUAGGACACAGUUUUAUUAGCAUUGACUUUAUACCACAUCCUGUGUGUUCAAUAGUUUUAGUUGAAAUACUAAAUCUUUCUGUUAUAUAUU